AUGAGCCUAGAUGCCUUGUUUCAACAAAUCCUCCUCACAGAGCAGCAGGCCAAGGAGAAGCGGCGCCUCAUGCACCAAGUUAAACUGGAAGUAAACAGGAAUCGUGAAAAAGUUAUGGAAAUAAAAGAAGAGUUGCGUGAAGCAAAAAUACAAUUAGAAACUAAGGUUCAGCAUCUGUCAGAAAAGCUCUUCUACUUAGAGCUUUUGAAGAAACGUGAAGACAGCUUUGAAAAACAGAAAGUGGAACUUGUGAAUCAAAAGGAUAUUCUUCUGCACAUCUUUAUUGAUACAAAGAGAAGAAUGACCGAAGAAGAGGGGAAUUUUAUUAUGGAAAUAACAGAGUUUAACAAUGAGUAUGGAUUAACAAGUAACAGAGAUAUUUUGAUUAAAAAAAAGAUUAAGACUGAAAUGCAUGAUUUAGAAAACGAAGAAAAUAUUUUGAAAGAUGAAAUGGAGUCAGUGGAACAUAAACAUGUUCAGUUAAAUGCACUCCAGCUGCAGAAGAAUGAAUUAAAGCAGGAUUUAUUUACUCUUCAAAGCAAACUCAAAGAUGUUGAAGAACAAGUCAGAGAAGCUGAAGGUAUCACAAGAUGUUUAGAAGCAGAAAGAAUCAAAGUUGGUGAAAAACCUCAGACUGAUACUGAGUGUUUAAGGCUCAAGAAAGAAUUAGAAAUUUACAAAGACGAUGACUUGGAAAAUGUUUGCAAGGCUCUUCAAACAGAAAUUGAGCUUCUCCAGAUGUCAAAUAACGAAUGA